UCCUACCAACUACUUCAUCCUGUCUCUGGCUGUGGCUGACCUGCUUGUAGGAGUUGUAGUUUUUCCUUUCAGCAUGGCAUUCUCUGUAACUUCAUGUCUGUUUAAUGAGAAUUUAUUUUGUAAAAUACGAGACAGCUUUGAUGUAUCACUGUGUACAUCUUCUAUUCUGAACUUGUGUUGUAUUUCCAUAGACAGAUAUUAUGCAGUGUGUCAGCCUCUGACAUACAGAACUAAGAUAAAUGUUCAUGUUGUUGUGAUUAUGAUCUUGGUGACCUGGGGUAUUUCUGUUCUAAUUGGAAUUGGCAUCAUUAUUGCAGGAUUCAGUCAAGGGUCAUGUGAAGAAAUGUGCUCAGUUGAUGUUGUAAUUGCAAACACUAUGGGGCCUGUUUUUUCAUUUUACCUCCCAGCAAUUAUAAUGCUCUGUAUCUAUCUGAAGAUUUUUCUGGUUGCUCAGAAACAGGUGAACAGCAUCCAGAGCACAAAGUCUGGUGCAGCUGUCAGUAAGAUGGAGAGAAAGGCCACCAAAACUCUGGCUAUAGUUAUGGGAGUUUUUCUCUUAUGUAUGAUUCCUUACUUUCUUUGUAUUGUUUUUCUGCCAUUAGCUCAUGAAACCCCUCCACUUCCUGUGAUUGAAACACUUAACUGGCUUACAUUGUCAAAUUCCAUGCUGAAUCCCUUUAUAUAUGCUUUCUUUUACAGCUGGUUCCGAUCAGCCUUUAAAAUGAUAAUUUCUGGAAAAAUAUUCCGAGGUGACUUUGCUAACUCAAGACUGUUCUGAUUAUUUAAACAAGGAUUUUUUAACAAGUUAUGAAACACUCUGAAUUUAUUACUGAAGCUUACUUACCUUACUUAAUUUAGAGUUUAGAUUUUAACAUGCCAAUAAACAUUUCAAUGCUGAAAUAUAAUUUUUUUUAUACUACCACUAACAGUACACUGUCUAUACUUUUGUAAAUGUUUAUGUAGCCAAUAUAAAUUAUAUAAAUAAAAAUAACAACAGCAACA